GCAAAACAAAAACAGCACGAAGAGUGUGAACACGUGAAGCAGCUGUUUGUCGCAUUGCGAUAGCGUCGUAUUUUUCCGUUACACGCAACUCAAACUUACUUUUUUAGUUUGCUGUAUUCGCCUUGGCUACUAGUAUAAGUGCCAAGAAAGAAGCGUGCUACACGUGUAUUUGUCAAGUAGGAUUUAUUCUCCUCGCGGCUGGUCAAUUUCGUCCGCGUCUAGAUUUCUUGCUCGAAAAAAAUGUCAUCUUCCCCCUCGGAAGUGAAGCCUAAGCCGCCCCCGAAACCGAUGUCCGAGAUUCUGGAAAAUGCGGGCAAAAGAUAUGGCCCGCUCAAACGUUACAAUCUCAAACGUUACAAUAGAAUCUGGAAAUCUGUGAUGCAAGAAGUGCGUGAUCUAUUCUAGUCCCACAGGAUUGCGCAUGACAAGUUUCGGAGCCCCAAGCCGCACUAGAAUCUGGCGAAAUUUGUAUUGUAGAAAGUGGAACGCUCUGCGAGUCUGUCAUGUUCGUCAUGCAAUAUCUAUUGUAACGUUUGAGAUUGUAACAUUUGAGCAGGUUAUAAAAGAGCGCUCGGCGGUGGGCUCGCGGGGUCAGCGGCAAUGGUGGUGCAAGUCACAACCCUGAUGUGGAUCCGGACCAUCAUGAACUACCAGUACCAGUGUUGAUAAUGUGCAGGAUUAAAUUCGCGCACGUGAAUUUGAUUUGAUUGCAGGAUCAUGAAUCGGAUAUAUCAGACAUCCUAUUUUUCAAGCCACUGCUGCACAUCGCAACUGGUAUUGCUGUAGAUUUAUUUUCGACAUGACACCGCUAUGAACUACUGCAGGUACCGCUACGGCAUGUCGCUGCGGCAGGCGUCCUCGACACUGUAUGCGGAAGGAGGGAUCAUACGGUUCUACCGGGGUUACUUUGCCGCAAUAGCGCAGGGCCCGCUGUCUCGAUUUGGUGACACAGCAGCGAACGCCGGUGUUUUGGCAGUGCUGGAUGCAAACGAAUCGACCGCAAGCUUACCCUCAGCGGUUAGACAUUUAGAUUUUUUUGUCCUGUGCAUAAGCAAUUUGAUCAUCGAGGAGUGCCUGGACGAUCACAGUAUGCUUCUGAAUUAUAUCUGUCUCCAGCCAACAAAAUCACUCUCAUAGGUGAAAACCAUCGGUGCCUCUGGCAUGGCAGCAUCCUGGCGGAUUGUGAUCACCCCAAUAGACACAGUGAAGACCAUUAUGCAAGUCGAGGGACGCUAUCAACUGUAAAAGUGUCUGGGUCUGGAGCAAUCCAACUUGUCAUGCUGAUUUUGGAUUCUAAAAAAAUAUGUAUUGCAUGAGCAGCAAAGAGACUCCAAGUUUUGCUACACGAAAAGAGCAUUUGUCAUGCGGUAUAGGCAUCAGGAAGCCCUCACAAGAUGUGUGAUGCUAGGGCAUGCAUCACAGACAUCAGGAGUCAUGCAAAAUGCGCAUGACAAACCUGGCAAUCUUCCAGACCCAGACAUUUUUGCAAUCCAUAGCCGUCCCGGUCUUGACAUUCUCUUCGCGAAGGCACGAUAUGGAUUGCAAAAGUGUCUGGGUCUGGAAGAUUGCAACUUGUCAUGCUAAAUCCGAAUCAUGCAGAAAUCUGUGUUGCAUGAGUGCCAAAAGCUGUCCACUUUCGACCAAGUUUGGAGGGAGUUUCUCAUGCAGGAUAGGCAUGGCAGAGACCUCACAGACUCUGUCAUGCUAGGUCCCGCAUUCCAGACCUCAUGGGUCAUGAAAAACCUGCAUGACAAGUUUGCACUCUUCCAGACCCAGACAUUUUUGCAUUUGAUACACGAGGCAAAGGACCAACUGUCUUUUGGCACGGGGCCUUGGCGGCGUCGGCCGCAACUUUUGCGGGUAUAUUAACAGAUCUAGAGUCAUCUAUGUUCUUGCAAGGAUUAAGUUCUUGCAAGGAUAGUAGUUUCUUUUCUUUUCCCAGGACAACUCUUUUUCAGCAUUUGAUUUUUGCAUCCGAAGUUGUUCCUACUCAAAUAAUAAAACAAUCACGAAAACAAGAACAACGAACACAGGUCACUACCCGUGGUUUGCGACCUACAAUACGCUGCAGACGGUUAUCCCCAAGUACGACGACGUGCUCUGGCAGAAACUCGGUCGGAACGCCGGCAUUGGGUUCGUUUCCUCCGUUAUUUCCGAUACCGUCUCGAACAGUUUACGUGUAGUGAAGACGUACCGGCAGACCAACCCGGAGCCGAUCUCCUACAUGGAAACCGUUAACAGGGUCGUGGAGAAGGACGGAUACGCCGGGUUGUUUGGACGCGGGUUGAAGACCCGGAUCCUCGCCAACGGGAUGCAGGGUCUCAUGUUUUCUGUCAUGUGGAAAAUGUUCGACGACGAAUUGAAGAAACGGGACUUCUUCAAGGCCGCGAAGUAGAAACAAGAAACUCGAGAAGGAACAGCAUCGAUGAACCAGAAGCAAAUUAUACUGUACUUGGUUUGAUGAUAUAAUCGUGUGCAGAUGAACCUAGUACAGUGUGUUGUCUUCAGAAGUAUGCAAUCACGAGCAGCGUGAGGACUCUUGUUGUAAAAGGUCGCUAUGUGGAGAUGCUUGGUCGCAUGGAACUCACCAAGCACUGCUGCAUAGCCUGACCAAUAUUAAAUCUUGCUAGGUACAACUUGAUGUACCGCUGCGGUUGACGAUUUCUUGGUUAUGAUGUGUAUUUUAGGUGGCUUGUUGAACUCCAAUGAGGUCGUCUGUGUAAUGUUUUGGAACUCCUUUUCAUGCCACCCAGUGGUUGUGUUUAUCGCUAUAAUGAUUGAACGCGAGUCGCGUGAUUAGUUUUUUUCUGCUUUUGGAACAACAACGCUUCGAACAUAUUGGCAUUCAGAACGGCAUAACAGCAACUGCGCCACAGUUGCAACUUUUCAGAUGACGGAAUCCGACAAAACUCCAAGUCGACGCAAUAUCUACUUUUGAACCAGGUACUCGAGCAAAAAU